CGUUUGAUCAAAAAUAAGACGGAAGUUGAUUUGUUUUGAAGUUUCUCAGAAGAAAGUUUGACGGUAUUGAUCCAGUUUUUUUCCCAACUAUAAACUCCACAGAAGAGACGGACACUGAGGGAUGUGAAGAAAAGAGACCGGACACCAAAAGCAAAAAGGUCACUGUCCAAAGCAUGUGAAGGGACACCAUCCAAGAAGAUAGAGUCACUGGCUAGCACAAUGUGGAAAAAAGAAGCCAUUACCGCUGAAAUUCAGAACUCAGACAAAAAAUUUGUGAGCAGAUUCACCUACUACCACUGAAUUCCAAUGAAGACACAAUAAGAGUGCUUUCCCUAUACUUCACCCCACCCCAAUUGGCCAUCCUUUCAAGUGCCAUAAACCAUGUGCAUGCUAACUUCUUAAACAGCACAAUGUUGAUUUUAAAUAUAUGCAUGGCAUCUCCCUUCUCCUGCGACCUUAAAUCAUGUAAUACCAGUUCUGAAGAAUUGCGAGAACUACAUCCAGUUUUGGAGGGAGAACCCACAAGACAUUUCCGGAAUUUUAUGGCAGGCUUCUCAAGACUGGAAGGAACCUUAUCUAAAAUUUGUAAACCCACCUGUUCAACAGUGUGUUGAAUGUGGUGAAACUUUAUAUCCAUAUUCCCAAAUUUGUGUGACAUUUUACAGUCUUGGUGGACCUAUUCCUGGCCAGCGAGGCAUUUCAAAAUGCAAAAUAUGUAGAAUUUAUUACCAUUUAACUGGUUAUGUAGUUCCUAAUCGAGGGAAAAUGUUUUAUGCUGAGCCCAUUACAUGUGACUGGAAAUGUGCCAGUAAUAAAGUCUUCUUCGAUAAAGAUCUGCAUGAAUUUAUGUGCGAGUCCAGCAAUCAUGCCUUUGUAUCACACCAAGCUUUUGCAGAAAUAUACAAUUGUGUAUACUCAGACAGACGGACACAGCACAAUUCUAUGCGUGGAAGGACCAAAUGAUGUCAGCAGGAGUUGGGUCAGAAUACAAGGGUAUGCAUGUGCCACUGCAUGUUUGCUGUUCCCAUGGAAGUUGGGGGCUAUCCAUUGCUAACCUUCCCCAAUGUGUGCACAUUGGAACCGAAACACGGGUCUGUGUUUUGCAAAGAACAUUUCAACCUGCUAGAAAGACACAACAUUCCAACAAAAAAAGAAGAUUUCCUCAAGUUCUUAGGAUGUGCAGCCAAAACCAUUCACCUACGGAGAGCACAGUGGGCCCAAAAUCUAUGGCUAGUGGAGAUGAAUUUAAUUCCAGUAUUUGGAUACUUCAGUCGACUCUUUGUCCUGAAAAUUUAUCCACUCAAGGACAAAAAAAGACUGGUGAUGCCAGAAUAUUGGAAGAGGCUGCUAAGGCAUCAUCCUCAGCACUUCCAUUAAUACUCAACAUCAUGUCAGGGCUGAGCCAUGAUGAUAUCCACAAGGAGGUGGAGAAAAUCCAGACAGUGGAGAUGGAUAUCCGUAUUUUGGAGGGAAUAGCCCUGCCAACAAUCCUGGCGCGACAGUUUCUAAAUGCUGCAGGGCGUUCUGAUUUAAUGGAGACAGUCCUCAACUACAUUAAAGAUGUCCUUAUUCCAUAUUAUAAGGAAAUUAUAAACCCCAGCAUCAGGGAUGUUGCAGAUAUACCAACAUCUAAGAUGAAGACUCUUUUGAACAUCUGCACAUCGCAGCAGGGGAAUGGUGUUACCACCAUCGUCAAUUCCACAUUUGCUGUCAAGAGUGACCUAAUUAAAGACCCCAGCCUUCGUAAGGAAAUUCAGGCUCUGGGAGGAAAGAUGAAUCAUUCGGUGCGACUAAAUGGAAAACCGAAAAAAUGUAUUACUAUUCCAAAGACUUCCAUGACCGAAGAGCAAUGGAAGUCAGUGGCAUCGGCUAUGUUAAAAGCAGCUGUACCUCGUCCAACUAGAACUGACCGGGCAGCUGUACCACCUCCAACUAGAACUGACCAGGCAGCUGUACCUCCUCCAACUACAACUGACCGGGCAGCUGUACCUCCUCCAACUAGAACUGACCAGGCAGCUGUACCUCCUCCAACUACAACUGAUCGGGCAGCUGUACCUCCUUCAACUAGAACUGACCGGGCAGCUGUACCUCCUCCAACUACAACUGACCGAACAGCUGUACCUCCUCCAACUAGAACUGACCGGGCAGCUGUACCUCCUCCAACUACAACUGAUCGGGCAGCUGUACCUCCUCCAACUAGAACUGACCGGGCAGCUGUACCUCCUCCAACUAGAACUGACCGGGCAGCUGUACCUCCUCCAACUAGAACAGACUGGGCAGCUGUACCUCCUCCAACUAGAACUGACCGGGCAGCUGUACCUCCUUCAACUAGAACUGACCAGGCAGCUUUACCUCCCCAGGCAACACAUAGAACUGUCCCGCAGUUGCCUUUUCCUAUUCAGAAGUUACAGAAAAAGACAAUCACCACAUGCUUCAAAUGCAGGAAAGUUGGCUCGAAGUUUUUACACUGGGGUGCAUGUGAUGGCUGUCGGAAAUGGUACCACCGAAAAUGCACCACCUUAUCCUGCAAGGACUAUUUAAAGUUAACGGAGGAUUCUGUGUGGAAUUGUGACAUUUGCAUUGUGUAGGAUAACUAGUGUUUACGUGUAUUAAAGCUGACAUGAAUUAAUAAAUAUAGUAUAAUUCCA